CAGAGAUAAGUGAAAUGGAUGAAAAAGGAAAUAGAUAGAGAAAAUAAAAAAGCUUUUUUUUUUCAAUUUAAUAGGAGGAUUAUUACAAGAACCCUUGAUUCGUAUGUCAAACUGUUUUUUGCCUUUUUUAGAACUGUGGGUAGAAUGAUAAAUCACUGGUAUCUCUUUUCCACUGCAUUACUCUUUAUGCAUUUAAUUUCGCACCAAUCCCUAGCUCUUUUUUUUUUACUCCCCUCUAUUUUUGACUCCAAAAUGGUAUUUUAUUACUGUUUUAAGCCGUGUUUUUCUAUCUCGGCUUACUUACACACGCCUUCUUUUCGUAAACGGCCUGACAUGCUGCAUAUUUCAGACUUCCAUUUGAGAACACUGCUUUAUACCGAUCCUAUUGUACUCCCAAUUAAGUCAAUAAAAAUCUAUUUCGCUUUUUAUCCCCUUUGUUCAUGAUAGUGUGAGCUACCUCAUGGUAUAUUUCUCGGAAAAUCCAUGUUGCGGCUCUGACAAUAUAUGCUUUAUAAAGUUUCUUCACUCAUUUAUUUUCUAGUUCAUUCAUCUCUCUCAUUGCAAUCAUCAGUUGUGAUGGCAACAGUCAUUUCGCAUGAGGAACUACAAGAGUACAAAAAAGAAAGGGAAAAAGUAUAAGAAAUGGGGAUAAAGUACAAAGCUUUCCCACAC